AUGGCUUCACCCCGCCACGUCCUCAUCCUAGGCGGCCACGGCAAAAUCGCCCAGCUCCUCACCCCCCUCCUCCUCAAGCGCUCCUGGGCCGUAACCAGCAUCAUUCGCAAAGAAGAGCAAGUCCCCGACGUCGAGAAGCUCGGCGCCGGCCUCCCCGGCAAACUGCAAGUGCUCGUCCGCAGCAUCGCGGCCGUCGACACGCAGGAAAAAGCAGCGAGCAUCUUGGACGAGGUCAACGCGGAUUACGUUGCCUGGAGUGCCGGCGCUGGAGGUAAAUACGGCACCGAAGGCACAUUCCGCAUCGACCGCGACGCCGCCAUCCACUUCAUCAACGCCGCCGCCGCCAAGCCCUCCAUCAGCCGCUUCCUCCUCGUCUCCUACAGCGGCUCCCGCCGCAAGGCCGCCCCCUGGUGGCCCGCCAGCGACUGGGAAGAAUACACCGAAAAGGUCAACAACGGCCCGCUGGCCACGUACUACAAGGCCAAGCUCGCCGCCGACGAGGUCCUGUACGAGGUUUCCAAGACGAGCCGCACGCUGGUGGGCAUCGACUUGCGUCCUGGCGCAUUGACGGAUGACCCUGUGGGCAAGGUCGAGCUGGGUAGAACAAAGACGGUCAAGGGAAAUAUUCCCAGGGAGUCAGUAGCGCACGUUAUAGACAGGGUACUUGCGACUGAAGGCGUCAAGAGCGGUUGGUUGGAUUUGCACGAGGGCAAUGUUGAUAUUGAUGAAGCCGUUACUGCCGUAGUUCGCGAUGGCGUCGAUGCGGCCGAGGGUGAAGAUAUAUACGCCAAGUAUAACUAG